GCACCUGCUUUCGGCGUUCGCGGGUCGCGGGCAUCGCAACGCCUUUGGUGUGAACAACGUCGCGCAUAAACGUGUGCGGCAAUAUGCAGCAAUUAAAGAUUGAACGCGGGGACCUCGUGGCAGCUAGCCACAUAGUUAAAGCGGUGCGGCGGUUUGUGUCGAGACUCCGCUUGUUACCACGAUCCGGGGAAGGGGUCCGCUUUAACAAGCCCUCAAAUAAUCACCACUGUUCACUCAUCAUCACCACUAAGACUCGUGUUAACUAUGUCCAAACUUAAAUUAGCCUGGGCGCCUACGCGGGUGCUAGCAAUAAAACAGUUCAACUCAACGUGAGAACCUGACUUGACCAGGCCGCAGGCGUGUAUCGCGCCUUAGUUGACGAACUAUUCAUCGUAGCUCACAGCAAGGCCCUGAUUCCCUCGAGAAGAGGCUCGACAUCUCUCUUCCGUCCCGUCGACCCUUGAAGCGAUUGCCAGCGAUUGCCAGCAUGGACGAUGAUGUACAGCCGGCUGUCAGUAGGCCUGCACAUGGACGCAGUUCGAAGCAAGAGAAGGUGUGCCAUAACUGCGGCACAACGCGGACGCCGCUGUGGCGCAAGGAGGGUGGCUCCCACCUGUGCAACGCAUGUGGGAUAUACCUCAAGGCCCGUGGAACGCAUCGGCCCGUCGAGCUCAUUCGCGCCCAGAUGAUUCUGUCUGCACGACGAGGCACAGGUCCUGACGGCGGGACUGGCAACGACGGGGGAGGAGGUGGCAGCCGUGCACGGGCUGUAGCAAACCAGAUUACGCGGAAGUCGGCUCGCAAGCGGACAUUAAGGCCGGGCGAAGGCGCAGAUGAUGAUGACAACUAUGUGUCAGCCAAGACCGCGCGCGUUGCCACCCACGCACGGCGACCGCACUUGCCACCGCAUGCCUCGGAUGCGGCGUCCACACUCAUGCGCAACCGCCUCCUCGCGUACUCGCUCGCGAUGGGCUACACCGGGAAUGGCGGCGGCGCGACGGUUGGUGGCGGCGCCGGCGGCCAUGGCCCAAUGCUGAUGCCGCUGCACGGCACCGCCCUGGCAGCCGACGGCGGCCUUCACGGCGGGGCCGGUCACCGCGGCUUCGGUGGUGGCGGCGCAGGCGGCAAUGGCGGACUGGCUCGGCUGCACGCGCUGCACGCCGCACAGCAGCGGUUCAACGCCGGCGGCGGCAUGUUUGGAGGCGGCGGCGGCUUCGCAGGCGCCCUCGCGGAGGAGCACAACGCCGCGCUUGCGCGGUACUAUGGCGGCGGUGACGGCGGCGAAGUGGGCGACGGCGGUGACGGCAGCCAGGACGACGAAUUCAUGGCAUACAACGGCGAGGGGCUGCAGCGGGGCCUGUACGCCGGCGACGGCUUGCCCGGCGGGUACGGCAGCGGGCAGACCGAGGAGGACGAGGAGGAGGAGGAGGAAGAGGAAGACGCGUUGAUCGACGGCAGCGUUGGCGGUGUCGACGGCAUGAACCCAGAGCUCAGCACGUGUCCAGAGCUGAAGGCGGACGACGACGCGUGUGCGGUUGCGUCCUUCCUGCUUAUGAUGAGGGCAGGCCCCAGUCGCGGCAGGAAGGCCGCCGCCAAUGCGGCCGCACCGCAGCAGCAGCUGGUGCCGCUGCAGCUGGUGCCUCAGCGGGAGGAUGCUGCUGUGCACCAGAGUCUGGAGGCAGCGGUCGCGGCGGCACAGCGUGCUGCAGGUGGGAUGCAGUUGGGCGGCGAGCACGAGGAUGGCAGCCUGCCGACUGACUUGGCACCAGGUACGCCGGCGGCGGCGGGUGCGGCUGAAGUGACCGCGGUGGUGCUCGAGGGCAAUGCCGCUCCGGCAGAGGCCGCGGCGGGCGAUGCAGCUGUCAAGGUACAGGAGGAGCAGACCUUGGCGAAGCCGGUCUCGGAGAGCGAGCCUGGACAACCCACCAGCAGCACAGGCACCGCGCGGCCGCAGCCACUGACCGUCCAGCCCACCACCAGCUCCCAAGACGGCCCUGACUGCGUGCGACUGCCGCAGCUGGUUCUCGCGGCGGCUGGCAGUGAGUCGCCCCUCGUCCAGUCCGGGGCGGACGGCGCAGCAGAGGAGCUGGCGGCAGCUGCUAUGGCUGCCGCCGCGGCCCGCUCGGACGUCACCAAGGCCUCGCCAACUGGCAGCGAUGCUUGUGACGAAAACGUGCUGGGAUCAUUAGCACCGGCGGUGGGCGCGGCCGCUGCUGCCGCAGCAGCGGCGGGUGACAGUGAUGAGGCUGAGGAGCGGCCUGCUGAUGAGCUGCUGGCGACGAUGGCGCCGGUCGGCUACCGCGCUCGCAACCUGGACCCGGCGUCGCUGCAGGUGCGCGGCGAGCCCACGCGUGAGCACGUGGUGGCGCCGCUGGUCAUCCCGCCGCCGCGGCCGCAGCACGGCGCCGCUGGCAGUCGCGACCGGGCCAGCAUGCAGGUGCAGGUGGUGGCGGCGGCGGACUUCUCGGCGGCGUCGGCGGGGCUGCCGCUGGGCGUGGGGGCGGCGGCGCUGCUGGGCACGGAUGCGCUUCGUGGCCUUGCCGGCCGCGGCCUGUCGCCGCAGCUGGCCCUGGCGGCCCUGCAGCAGCAGCACGCGCUGGAGAAUCAGCACCUGCAGCAACAGCUUCAGCUGGCUGCUGCCGCUGCUGCAGGACUGGGCCAGGGGCAGCAGCUUGGGGCGGGCGCUCAAGCGGCGGGUAGCCACGUGCCCAAGGUGAACCCCAACUCGGUGUCGGCGACGGCGUCGCGGCACGCGGCGACCAUUGCCGCUGGCGGCUGCCCGCCUCCGCCUCCGCGGCCGCCGCGCAACCACCGCGGGCCUUUGCUGUGCUCCAACUGUGGCACCACGCAGACGCCGCUGUGGCGCAAGGACCGCGAGACGGGCGUGACCAUGUGCAACGCGUGCGGCAUCUACAAGCAAACGCACGGCUUCGACCGCCCCAUUGGCCGCAACCAGGCCGGAGGCGGCGCAGCUGCCGCCGUCACGAAGCGCGGCAGCGGCGGCGGCGCGCGCGGCAGCGUCCCUCCCGCAGCCGGCAAGCCCGACCUUGCCACCGCCGCUGCCGUGGCGGCGGCAGCCGCUAUGGCUUCGGAGCGCGCGGCGGGUGUGCCGAUCUGCAGCUGGACGGCAGUGGGGACCCUGAACCCGCCGUCGGCGUCGGGAUCUCACCUGGGUGGUGGUGACCACAGCGGCUGGGCCGGCUCUGCAGGCGGCAACGAGGCGCUGGGUGGCGGCAAGGGCAAGGGCAGGGGCAGUCGCGCCGCUAGCCCCAGCCCGGCGGCGGCAGGCGUGCUCGGCAGUGGCGGCUGCUCGGUGGAGCGCAGUGCCUCGCCUCGUAGCGGCAGCGUGCCGAAUAGCAAUGGCCGCGGCGCAGGUGAAGACGGCGACGACCAAACUGCCACAACUGCAGGCGCUGCAGGAGCAGCUGCUGCUGGGGCCAAGCGGCCGCACGACGGCACGGAGCAGCAGCAGCUGCAGCUGUUGAUGCUGCUGGAGAAGGAGCGCGCGCGCGGGCGGCGCAUGGACGGCACCUUCUCCUCCUGGGUCAUGCAGACCGGGCCCGCGCUCGCCAGCGGCGGCGCCCGCCGGGCGGUCGCUCCGGCCGCGGCGGCGCCGCGCUCGCCGGGCGGCGCGGAUGCUGGCAGCAAUGGCAAGGAGGCCGCCGCCAGCCCGACGACGCUCGACGGCAUCCCAGUCAUCAAGCCCAUCAACGCGGCGCGCCAGGGGCAGCAGCCGCCGCAGGCGGCGGCGGGCAGUGGCCACCAGUCGGCAGCAGCCGCUGCGUCCCGGAGCCCUGCCUCGCCCUCCGCCUCGCCCUCCCCUUCGCCCCAGCAGCCACAGCAGCCAUCAGGCGCCGCCGCGGGCACGGCCGCCGCCACGACAGCAGACGGCAGCGACGCUGGCCGUGGCGCACAGGCGGCGCAGGGCGUGCGCAUUCACGCCCGGCCGCUCCAGGUGCAGGGUCAGCAGAUGUCUGCGCUUCGGGCCGCCGGCGUAACGUUAGGGCCGCGCAUGGCGCAGCCGCGGGCUGACGCCGCAGAGGUGGAGGCCGACGAGGCCGGCGCAGGGCCAGCAGACGCAGCGCGGAUGGACGGCGCGGAGGCGGACGCAGAGCGGGUCAAGCCGAAGCUUGAUGCAGCGGCGGCGGCGGCGGUGCCGAUGAAGGAGGAGACAAUGCAGGACGCUGGUGCUGAGAAGCCCAGGCCGGGGUCAGCGUUGCAGUCUCGAGAGCUGCAGGUGCAGCAGCAGCAGCGCAGUGCGAUGCCGCUGCAGCGCCUGGAGCGCGACGGCCCGUCCAGUGGCGCCGGCGGUGUGGUGCUUCGGGAGCUACUUGCGGGCGGGUUUGGCGGCGGCGGCGGCGGCUCGCCGCUUGCCGCGGCGGCGCUGCAGCAGCAGCACGAGCUGCAGCGCAUGGAGCUGCGGGCGGCGCUGGCGGCGGCCGACGCCGGCGACAUGAGCCGCGUGGCGCUGAUGCUGCACCAGCAACAGCAGCAGCGGUCGCAGGCGGCGCUGGCGUUGAUGCAGCAGCAGGACCAGUUCGCUUUGGCGCUGGCGGCGCGGCAGGCCGGCUACCUUGGGGCGUUUGGGGACGGGCCGGCGAUGGGCCGCGGCGGUGGCGGCCUGGGCGGCGUGGGUGGCGGUCGGGGCAUGUCACUCGACACCGCUGCGCUGCUGAUGGCGAGCGCCGCCGGGAACGGAGGCGGAGGCGGCGGACUGCGCCAGUCGUUGGGAGCGGGUGGCGGCGGGUUGGGUGGCCUGAGCGCGGCGCAGCAGCAGCAGUUGCUGGCGCUGCAUCUGCGCGACACGGCCGCGGCGGGCGGGCUGAUGCAGGGCGGCGGGCGGCGCGGGCUGGACCGGCUCUGACGUUGUAGCGUUGCGGAUUGACUGGGGCUGAUGUCUAAGCGGGGGCGGGUUCCGGUUUGCAUGGUUGCGAGGGAGCGUUGGGCGAGGCCUUGGGGGCAUUGAUGAGCGCUGUGCAUGAAGGGUCCGGUGUAGUCGCAAUGAUGAUUUGAUCCCCAUGCUCUGACGUGACGAGACAUGCCGGUAUGGAGCGCCAUGGGGCAAAUGGCCACAUACGUAGUACGGGACCGCAGCAGUUGGUGUGCAUUGAAGUGUAUGCGAUAGACAGGAGGUGUUCGCUCCUGCACCACGGUGAGGACACGGAACGUGACGGGUUUUGGUCCGUCCGUCACGCUUAGCAGACGUGAGUGUAUGGAUGCGUAGGGCUCCCCGGUGCGUGAGACUACCUAAUGCCACCUGCGACCAACUGUGGCCGCUUUAGGCGCGGAACAACUUGCAUAUACAAGCCGCGGGCGCGGCAUGCAUGCUCGCUGUACAGGGUUUUGACUUGAGUAUAUUAUAAUGUGUGUUUGCCCCUGAAGGGCCUUGCAUUCUGCCGAAAUCGUGUGCGUUGCACAAGACACCGCCGCUGCGGGAAGAGCUGUUGGCAUGGAGUGGGAAAACCGCCAAUGCGUCCCGGCAUGAAUACCCUGUGUGGGUGUUCAUGCUUUAGCAUGCUUACAAUUCUUUUGAUGCUCAGUGCGGCAAGUUAGUAUGGGUCGAACACGACACACAAGCUGCAGAGGUAACUGACGCGUCUGGUUGCGGCACAUCCACGCAAUGCUGCGCUGGGGAGUAAAAGCGUGUCUCACAAUAUGUAUGUGCGGGUGUGCGGGGUCAGAUACAUUCAUUCUUGACCGUAACGGUACGGGUAAGACGCGUGUCGAGGAGUGUGUGUGCUUUCCAAAGUAUGAAACAGUGUGGGUCGCCGCGCCCCGAAUCAACAGUUCAGGGCGCACUUGUUAAAUACUUCCUGUAAUAGCGUAUUCGC